AUGCAAAGUCGGCCUGCUGAUAAGAUGGUUGGCCAGUUCUUAUGGGCUAAGGAAUCUGAAGUUGUGAAUUGGUUCCAAGUGAACAUUGAAGCCACUCUGAGUCAUGCGUGUCUUGUCAACUCUAAAACUCACACUCAGACCAGCUUGUUUACACCCGCUCCUAACAAACGCUUAACCAAACCCAAACCAGCAAAAGACAUUUCCCCAAAAAACCGUGCCGAUGCACCCACUGAAAAGAAUUCAGUCUCCGCCCCUGGUCAUCGCAUCGUUGGUGACCACCGGACUCGGCCGAUGUGA